CAAGGAGUUCAAGGAGGACGGGGUCACUGACUCAAAUUUACGUCCUGUCUCCUCUUUCAGGAAGGACAUCUUCAGCUAUAUCGACAUUCCCCACAACUUCUCGCUGACGAAGAACAGCGUGCGCGUCGGCCAGCUGAUGCACUUCGACUACUCCAGCCACAAGUACGUCUUCUCCAUCAGCAACAACUUCAAGUCGCUCCUCCCGGACAUCUCCCCCAUCCUCAACAAGCACUACAGCGUGUGCGCCGUGGUGGGGAACAGCGGCAUCCUGACCGGCAGCCACUGCGGCCCCGAGAUCGACCAGGCCGACUUCGUCUUUCGCUGCAACUUCGCUCCCACGGACGUCUACUCCAAAGACGUGGGCAGGAAGACCAACAUGACCACCUUCAACCCCAGCAUCCUGGAGAGGUACUACAACAACCUGCUGACCAUCCAGGACAGGAACAACUUCUUCCUGCACCUGAAGAAGCUGGAAGGAGCCAUCCUCUGGAUCCCGGCCUUCUUCCUGCACACCUCCGCCACCGUCACCCGCACGCUGGUGGACUUCUUUGUGGAGCAUAAGGGUCAGCUGAAGGUGGAACUGGCCUGGCCAGGAAACAUCAUGCACAACGUCAACAAGUAAGGCUCCAAUGACUGUCUGAGUCUGU